UUCCCAUCCUCCAUAUAUUCCCACUUUUCAAGUAAACUUGAGGAUAUAGUCUACAUUCACUAUGGCGCAACAGACCCAGCCGCUCAAAAUCCUUGCCAUAGGAUCACCUCUAUCGGAGCUCUCCACCUUGGUAUCUAAGAUCACGGCCAUCAACGGGAAGCAUGGUCCGUUCGACGCAUGUGUUGUCGUGGGGGAUUUGUUUGCUGAGGGAACCGAUGGGAGUGAAGUUGCAGGGCUGAAAUUUCCUGUGCCGACUUAUUUUACAUUGGGCAAAAAUAUCUUGCCCCAAUCGAUCCAAGAGAAGAUCUCAGAAACGGGCGGAGAAGUGGUAGACAACCUCGUUUUUCUUGGUAAAUCAAAGGUGCUCACCACUGCUCAAGGUCUUAAGAUUGCUUGCAUUGGAGGCGGUUACAGCCCUGAGACCUACAAUGUCCUCGACGAUCCAUAUUCUCCUGUCAUAACUCGUGAAAGCGUUGAUGCCGUCUUGAAACAUUCCCUUCUCUCUGAACCUUCCACCAAAACAGCCGAAUCUUUGGCUUCUGCCAAGCAAUCAGCGGCGGUUCUUCCUGCAGCAUUUCAAGGUAUAGAUCUCUUGUUAUUUUCUUCACCAGCUCCUCCUAUAUCCUCCCUUUCCCCUUCUUUCACAACCUCCGGGGUCUCGCUCAUCAAUCCUGCACCUCCUCUGGAAGAGGUUGUCAAAAAGGCAAAACCAAGAUACCUCCUUUGGGGGAAUGGUGAAGGUUUCUGGGAAAGAGAACCAUGGGGUUGGGCUAGCCCGUCAGGGAAGGAGGAGAGGUGGACUAGGGCGGUCAAGUUGGGAGCGUUAGGAGGAGAGGUGCCUGCUGGAGGUAAAAAGGCUAGGUGGUUCUACGCUUUCACUCUCCCUCCUCAAAGCUCCUCUACUCCAGUGCCCGCCCGGCCCGCCAACGCGACACCUAACCCUUUCCUGCCCGUGCCCAUUGUGAAAAAGCGAGGUCUUGAUGAAGACGAUGUUAACGGACAGUCACAAAAGAAGGGCCGGCUGGACGGUGCACCUCCUCCAGCUGACUAUAUGUGCAAGAUUUGUUCUCAAGCUGGUCAUUGGAUUCAAGAUUGUCCCAUGAAAGGCGACAAAUCCAAGCCGCCUCCAGGAUACAAGUGCAAAAUCUGCCAAUCCCCGGACCACUUCGUCCGAGAAUGUCCUAACAAGGAAGAUAAACCAAGGGGACCUAAGCCGCCUCCUCAAGGUUAUGUAUGUCGUGCAUGUGGAGCCGACGGGCAACAUUACAUCCGGGAUUGUCCUUUGGUUUUGGAAAGGGAAGAAGCCAAAGCCAAGAAGAAGGAGCUUGGUCCUGCUGAAUGUUGGUUCUGUCUGAGUAACCCUAAAGUCACCAAGCAUCUCAUCGUUGCAAUCGGAGCAGAAACUUACGUGACACUUCCCAAAGGACAACUUAUACCUACUGACGAGGGCAAAUCACUUGUCCCUGGUGGAGGACAUGUUCUGAUCAUUCCCAUCGCUCAUCAUCCUACUCUCCUCUCCAUUCCCGCCGAUGACGCCAUGUCAAUCAUCUCUGAAUUAGAGGGCUUCAAAUCUUCUCUCCGAGAAUGUUAUGCCUCUUAUGGUGCUGUCCCCGUCUCAUUUGAGGUCGGCCGUCUCAGUGGCAGGGGGGGGCACGCGCACGUGCAGAUCGUACCUAUCCCCAAAGAGUUGGCGAAUAAAGUCGAGGAAUCAUUCAGGAUUGCAGGAGAAAGACAGGGUAUCGAUUGGGAAAAGGAGCCGGAGAGGGCGUUGGCGAGAGCUGGAUCUGGUGGAAACUAUUUCAAAGUGGAAUGCCCAGAUGGGACCAAGAUGGUGCACAUGUUGAAGGGGAACUUUGACCUUCAGUUUGGCAGAAUCGUACUUGGCAGUCUUUUGGGUCUACAGCAUCGUAUUGAUUGGAAAGCGUGUGCUAAGAGUGAUGCGGAGGAGAAAGAGGAUGCUGUCAAGUUCAAAAAAGCGUUUGCUCCAUUCCAUUCAUAGGUUACAAUCAAUGCCAAGGGGGAAGCAUCAUGUUCGGUGCAACGCACGAUAGUGUAAUCGAGAUCCAGCAUGGUCGUCAUCGGAAUCUGACGGAAAUUCGAGAGCCUGGCAAGGCA